GCACAAGAAGCUAAAUAAAAUAAACAAUGCGUCUUCAAACGGUUUUAAUAUUAAGCGCUCUAUUCCUCUGUGAUGCGAAAAUCCCGCGUUUAAAGUACACACAACCCAACCAGUUACCGACAAAUUCCGCGCAAAACUCGCAUUCAUUAGGAUUCCAAACAGAAAACAAGAACGACAAAACGAACCAAAUAGUCGACCAAUACAGGACACGGCAUAGGAGAGAAUCCUUUGACUCAAAAGCGUACGAAUCGGGUUUGAUAUGGGCGCACACGGAGCGUCUAGAUGAAAAUAGUGAUGUAAUUUUACGGUGGGUGAACACAGAUUCGACUAUAACGUUCAGGUUAGAAGCGAAGAGCCAUGGUUACGUCGCUUUAGGAUUUAACUCGGCGAGAAAUAUGAGAGGAGCGGACUUGGUCGUCGCUUGGGUGGACGAUAAGUACGGCAAUGCUCAAAUUUUGGACUGUCACGGACUCGCGUUCGAUGACCGAGCUGUCGCGGACGAGGUGCAGAACUACGAGCUGAUAUCGGGAUACCAAAAUGACACGCACACUAUCGUAGAAUUCAAGAGACAGCUGGACACAUGCGAUCGACAGGACUUUGUUAUUGGUGAUGAUACAAUUCAAGUGUUGUGGGCGCUUGGACCCCCCGGUUCCGAUGGUCAGCUGCCGAGACAUGUUGAGAGCGGGUUCCGACCCCUCCGCUUAUUACUGCCCUUAUCUAAACCCGAUACAGUUCCGCUGGAGCAUUGGGACGUCAGAAUAAACAAUCUACUAAUCCCAAACGUCAUGGCAACGUUGUUCUGGUGCAAAGUCUUCAAAGCUCCCGAGCUGGGCCAGAAGCACCACAUAGUCGGUUACCAACCAAUUAUUGACAGUAAACCGAAUACAAAAGACAAGACAAUUUUGGAGAGGAACACUCAUUCUCCUGUCCACCAUAUGGUUUUGUAUGAGUGUGUUGAAGAUCAUGAUAAGACGCAAUGGAACGAGUGGUCUGAAAGUGAGGGGUUUUUCGGACCAGCCCGCCCUGGAGAACUAGCUACAUGCGUGACACCUAUUGCAGCUUGGGCAAAAGGUUCUAAAGGUGAAUUCCUGCCUGAGAAUGUUGGUAUCCCGCUAGGCGAGAAGGGAGGAAUUUCCUACUAUAUGCUUGAAGUUCAUUAUGACAAUCAGGCUCUCCAUGACUUUUUUGAUAAUUCCGGCAUACGUAUCCACUAUACACCGGUACUACGAGAUCACGAUGCCGCAUUAUUAGGCGCUGGCGUAGGUGUCUCUGCUUUACACGUCAUACCUCCAAAACAGAAAGCAUACAGAACUGUUGGAAUAUGCAGCCCUGAGUGCACUAAUAGCACUAUGCCAGAAGGUGGAAUAAAUAUUGUAUCAGUCUUGUUACACGCUCACGGUACUGCGAGAAAAAUCUCACUAAAGCACAUAAGAGGCACCGAAGAACUACCUAGAAUAUCUGAGGAAAAUACUUAUGAUUCCCGUUAUCAGCAAUCCCGAAUAGUUCCUGGCGGAAGAAAAUUCUAUAAAGGCGAUACUUUGAUCACGGAAUGUACUUACGAUACUACUUCCAGAGAUAAGCCCAUUUUGGGAGGAUAUUCUGCGACACAGGAAAUGUGUUUAUCAUUCAUAUUAUACUACCCGCGUACUGAACUAGCCGGCUGCUACUCCAUGACUCCAGUUGUUGAGUUCUUCGAAACGUUUGGUGUUAAAGAGUUCUAUGGAUUGAAUAUGAUGCAAGUUGAGAACAUCUUUUUGUCGUCAGGAUAUUUAGAAAACUUACCUACAGAGUUGGAAGCUUUUACCAAAGAUCGCGUUGUAGACCCAACAGGUUGGGAAGGAGACGAUCAAGGCGUCGGUUUGAUGAAGGAGUUAGUGAUCAAGGAACCAUUAGAAUUCCGCAACAAGACAUUCAUGGCGCACUUGAAUGAAAUGCCGUGGCAUGAACCUUUACUGACUGAACAGAUAGAAAAAACUCUAUACAGUGGAUGGCACAUGACGUUCUGUAAGAAACGGGACGAUAGUUGGGGAGCGCCUAUCCAGAUACAGAAUUAUCCGAACUACACAGAAAUAACAAAUAACGACGCAUCGGAUAAAUCCUGUAACUACAAAAGUGUUAAACUACAUUCAACAACGAGCACGAGUGGAUCAACAACGAUAAACACAUUAACCGUCGCCAUUUUAGUUAUUUGCGUAAUAGCGAUAAUCGCGCGGUAAUACUAAAGAAAUGGAGAUAUUGUAUCUGUUGUUUUUAAAUUUUGAGUUUUUUAUCGCAAAAGCUUCUAUUCUAUUGUUUUGGAUUGAUUUCCCCUCAUUUCGUACCACAUUGUAUCGAAAAAGUCUUUUAUUUUUUCCCAAUUUAUUUAUUCUGUUCCAGUAUGUAUUAUAUUUGAAUAAUGAUUUUUACAAAAAGACAGAUCGGUUUCACGUGAAACAGUGGGUAAAUCUUAUUUGGCAGCUGUCUGCUGUGAUUUAUUUAACGAAUUAAAUCGAAUUCACAUUGCUGAUUUUUUAGAAGAAAAGUUUAAUUUUAAUUUAUAUUGUUAUAUAAAAUCUGCUGUGUACGAUAAUAUUUACAUUCAAUAUUUGUAAUACUAUGUACCUAUAGAGUGAAUGUUUUGUGAUUAUUGUACUUAUUUUUUUGCUCAUGGCAACGUAAAUAAACAACAAUGUAACGUUUUGUAUGUGAAUGUGUGAUCAACGAUACCAAAAGUAUGGUAUUGUGUACUUUUUUUAUUUUUUCUUAUACCUUAAAAGCGUUUUUAUUGGUUAUUUUUUUGUCAACCUAUGUCGGUCUGGGUUAGUGACGAUAUCGUUAUUAGAAUUUUUAGAUUUUAAAUUUAUUUUCAACCGAUAUCGAUACAUGUCGCCGACGAUAUCAUCUAGUGUCAAUUACUAAUAUUUGUUCUUGCUAUCCAACGAAAUACAAAACCAUUGCUUCUUCGUCUUCGAAUUAUUUAUCUAUGUAAAAAGUUCCUUUGAUUUACAAUGUAAAAUUUAAUUAAUAUGCAAAGUUGAUAUUUUGUGUAUUAUAUAUACAGCAUGUUUUACAAUGUAUACUAGAUUACAAGGCUUGUUUAUUUUGUCGACUAAAAUAACGCUUCCACAACAUAUUAAUAGACUAAGGAAAUCAAUUUUUGUUUACCCACAAAUAAAAUCUAUGUUUAAAUUAAAAACAAAAAACAAUAAAACUCAUGUGAUCUAUCAUGUUUAUUCAAUCUAUAUUUGACUCUUUGAUAUGAUAAAUUGAAAGAUUUUAAAUUAUUUUAAAAUAUCAGUGUCAUCAAUCUUUCAACCUAUGUUGUCAUCAGAUACUGGCUGUAUAAUACUCUAAGUAAUAUUACUAAAACCAUCCUCAAAAUAGUACCUACCACUUAUUUCUAAGUUUGUUCAUGUACAGUUACGGUAUAGCGGUAUAUUGUUUUUUUUUUUUAAACUUAUUUUGUAUUUAUCAAAAGUUGGUUCAUUAAAAAUGUCAACCGACGUACAAUUUGUAUCAAUGCGCAUAUUGUUAGGAAAACUACUAAUUUAUAAGCAAACAGUUAUUUUAAAUAGAAUUUGUAAAGUUAUAAACAUCCAAUUAUGUAUUAGCUUCAAGUACAAAGAGUACUAGCAACAACACUAAGUAACAAAAUACUUUCACAAGUUCUGUUGAUACACUGUAAUAAUAUUAUAAACUAGGGCUGUGCUAUUUAGGCUCUAAAAUCUGGAACCAAAAUAUUUUGAUAGGAUUUUUUGUUACUUUUUAUUUUCAAUGCAAAUUGUGUCCUAUAUAGAAGGUUGUUAUAGGAAUAGAACGAAAUAAAAUGAUUUUUUUAAAAUAUAUUACGAGUCAUUCUAUUAGAAACGAAUGCAUUUUGAUACUUUUUUAAAUUAUGUCACUAAGGUGUUAGCUGUAAGAAUACGCUUAGUAUUAAUUAAGUUUUAUUUAUUUAAAAGUCAAUAUAAUGUGUUUUAUUACUUGG